AUGGGUAUCUCGCGCGAUUCAUGGCAUAAGCGCUAUAAGACUGGAGCCACUCGCCCAGUUCCUCACAAGAAGAGAAAGUACGAGCUCGGCCGUCAGCCUGCUAACACUAAGAUCGGAGCAAAGAGGAUUCGUGUUAUUCGCGUGCGAGGAGAUCACAAAGAUUCGUGCACUUCGUUUAGAUGCCGGUAA